CUCUUCUUGUUGAAGCAACAGAUGUGUAAAAGCUUAUAUCUUUGUAUCUAAGCAGCCCUGUAUACUUCUAUUUGGGUCUAUUUCCCCCUUCUUUACCCUCCAUUCCACUUUUUUUUUUGUUUUAUUCAUUAUUCUUUUCUUUUUUUAUAUAUACAUAUAAUAUCUAUCCUACUUUCAAACCAUUUAUCUUUUUUUUCAUUUUUCAUUUUUUUUUUUCACUUGCUUCUUUUUUUGUUUUCUCUUAUUCAAUCCACUUUAUUAUAUUCUAUUUCUUUAUACACAUCCAUAUUCAACGUUUUGUCUCAUUUUAUCAAUUAUCACUCAUGGCCACUAUGCAGCCUUCAUCACAACCAACUUCAUCAAUAGUCGGACCAACAUCACAACAAGAUCUAUCGACCUUCCCCGAUCAUAUUGGAAAACGCGUUGAUCCAGUUUAUUCACAAACAUUGCAUGCUCGAGUGAAAGAAUUAUUACAAUAUCCACAAAAUGGUUUUCCUGGCUCACAACCUGUCUCUUUUGUCUCAAAACACUUGGCGAUAUUGGAACGAGAAGAUUAUUUUGUUUGUGAAAAAAGUGAUGGAAUACGUGGUUUAUUACUUUUUCUUCAUUCUCCAAAGGGCCCUGCCAGUUUUAUGCUUGAUCGAAAUCAGAUAUGGUAUUACAUUCCAAAUUUAUUAUUUCCGGUUAGACAAAGAGAAAACGAAUAUUUGAAGGAUACUUUGAUGGAUGGGGAACUAGUAGUUGACAAGGAUCAAACAAAAAAAACAUGGCGAUACUUGAUAUUCGAUUUGAUGGCCGUCAAUGGACAAUCUAUUGUUCAACGAUCAUUUAGCACUAGACUUGGGAUGCUUCAACAAGAUGUUAUACAUCCAUUCAAAAAUAGUUUACGAUUGCAAUCUGAUCCUAACAAAGUACCUCCUUUUACUAUUGAACUCAAAAAAAUGGAACGCUCAUAUGGAUUACACCUUGUAUUCGAUCAAAUGACAAGAUUACGGCAUGAAAGUGAUGGUAUUAUAUGGACUCCUGUGAAAUGCCCUUAUGUACCUAAUAUAUGUGAAAAAUUACUGAAAUGGAAACCUCCCGAAAAAAAUACAGUGGAUUUUCGGAUCAACGCCAAAUGGAGCAAAGAUCACAAACCUAUCUAUUCCUUGGAUGUACUCUCACAUGUUACCUACAAGUUUUUUGAUCACUUCCAACCAGAUCCUGAUUGGGCUUUUGAAUGGAAAGAUCAACCACCAGACGGUAGAAUCGCUGAAUUUAGAUAUGAUCCAAAUUGGCAGGUUACCAUUGUUGAACAAGGAUACGCACCAGUGACAAGGACGGGUGGUUGGAGAUUUGUACGCUUCCGUGAUGACAAGGACGCAGCAAACGAAGAAAAUGAUGUUAAAAGGAUUCUUAAUAGUAUUCAAGAUGGUGUAUCCAAGGAACAACUUCUUGCUCAUAUGGAAACUAUACGUGAUGCUUGGAAGGCACGUGAAGCUCGUGAAGCUAAGGAAGCUCGUGAAAUUCGUGAAGCUCGUGAAAAAGGACUACCUCCACCUGCUCACCUGAAGAACCGUGAAAGACUGUCUAUAUCUAGUGUUUCAACAUCAAGCUCAUCAAAUCAAGCAUUAGUUACUCCUACUGGUACAAGUCCAGUAGUCCCAUCUCCAGCAACUGGCAAUUUCUCCGGGCAAGGUUAUUUUCCAAAGUCAAGGCAAAGUUCAUUGGAUUAUGGAUCGACUGAUCGACGUUUUUCUGGAGCGGAUCCUAUGGUUGGUACUUAUACGGAAUCGUCCCAUGGUGAUACUACUGAUAUCAAGAACAAUGGAAUCAAUUAUAAUACAGCAACGUCAUUACCUACUUCUCGACGGCAGUCUACUGAAACAACAUCAAAACGUGAUAACAACCAUGCAAACGAAAUUGUAGAAACGGAAAGAAAACGGCACAAAUCAUUAACGGAAUUGGAUAGAUCACGACAACAGAUCAACGAUGAACGACGAAUGAAAGCACCCUUGGAAGAACAUGCAGAUACCAAUGAUACAUCUUUGAUGAAUAAUAAAUCAGAACAAAGGAUAGAAGAUGAUACAGCUGCCAUUGAAUCAACUCUGAAAACGCAAAAUAUGGUAACAUCAGUAAAGGAACUAUCAUCAGCAGAAGAAGAACCUUUAGUCAAGGCGGAAGUGAAGGAAACAAAUACAGCACAAAUAACAAUACCUGAACAAACCACGAUAUCUCAACCUUCAAAAAUAACACCAGAUGAAAUAAAUCCAACAGCAACACCAAAGCAGAGUAAAACGAACAAUCGUAGACGAAAGGCUUCGGAUAAUGAACAUCGGCAGCUAUAUGAAGACGACAGUGCUCAGGAGCCAUCAAACAGCAAAAAGGUUAGGAAAGUACACGAUACGUCAUUAUCAACACCAACAGUGGAAUCCAAACAAUUAUCAAAACAACAACAUCAAACUAUCAUGUCGACAGAAUCAGUAUCCUCAGUUUCAGAUCGCGAUAAAAGAACUAUGGAAUCUACCAAUCAUGAACAAAGGUACACUCAACAAACAAGUCCAAUAUUACAUCCGGGACAAAAUGAAAAUGGUGCUACUCCUUUUGAAAGUUCUCUCCAACACCAAACUGCUGCUUACUCACGUUAUGACCCAGCGCGCUCGCCACCACCACCACCACCAUCAUCAUCUUCAUCUUCAUCAUCAUCGAUACCCAGAUCUCCCCCAGUGAUGAAUACACAGCAACGUGGAAAAACAGCCAUAUCACCAGUAGUAUCACCAGUUUCGACUACAUCUACCAACAACAAAAAAGCAUCAAGCAAUAGUAUUCAUAGUUUAUUAACAUCUUCAGUUGAACCAAUACCAUCGCCAGCAAAAAGACUUGAGUCUGUGAAUGAAAAAUCAGCAACAGCAUCGUCUUAUCCAACAUCUCGAUCAUACAAUCUAUCAGCCAUACUACGCGAUGAUGAUCAAAAAACAGACAAAUAUAGUAGUGGAUUUCGAGCAAAUGAACAGCAAAAUAUAUCAUAUCAGCCAAAUCAACCAGAGCGAACACAAGAACAAAUCACCACAUCAUGCAGUUCAGUAACCCGUACUCCUCCGGUUCAAUUCAUCAACUUCCAUGCUGAAAGAUCACGUAGUCAAGGUUCACCUACUUCUCGACACAAGACUGUUUUUAUUCAAGGUGAAUAUCACAAUAACACUGCAAAUUCACCUGGAAAAUCUCGUAGUGGAACAUCAACACCAUCUUUACAGCAACAGACUGGGAUACAAUCACCUCAAAUGACAAGUGCGCCAGUAAUGAAAACUAACAACCAUCGACCUUCUCAGACGACAAUGCAAAACGCAUCUGUAUCACCAUCAUCGUCACCAAGGGAAUCACGUCAUCAACAUCAAACGAGUGUAUGGAAGGCGACAGUAGGACAACAAGCAACAGUGGCUCAGCAGCAGUAUCAGCAACAAUCAUCUAUCCAACCAGAAUAUAUUCGUGAGAAUUAUUCUUCAACACCAACGAGUCAUCAGCUUAUAAAUCGAGGUUAUCCUUCACCAUCUAGUAACCAUCAUUAUUCACCAUCCUCUUAUUACCCACAACAACAACCACCACCACCACCACCAUCACCAUCAUCACGACAGACACAUUCCAACUACAAUCAUCAUGGACAUACUGGACCACAACAUGGUUAUCAUUAUAUGCAACAUAAUCGAUCAGCCUAUGAGCAGCCCACUGAAUAUUACGCAGACUCUUCACCAGGCCAACAGCAAUAUCCUCAUCCUCCUCCUCCUCCAUCAGCAUCUUCUUCACAUUAUAAUGGCUCACGUCCCUAUCGUCCUCAAACUUCGUAUCAUUCAAUCGCACCUGCAACAACACCACCCAAGGAUUCUGGCAAGAAAAGCAGCAAAGCGAAAUUGGACUUUAUAUUGAACUGAUAUCCCUUUUAUAUAGCAUUUCUUGUCAUCAUCUUUAUCAUUACAACGUUGUCAUAUUAUUACUCUAGGCUUUCCAUCAUAUUCUUUGUUUUAUUUGCAUUUAUGUUUGAAUGGGAUUUGUAGUUUCAUGGGCAUCUUU